AUGAGAGCUGGAAUUAUAUACAAUCUUCGACAUCGAGGAUUACUCCGAGCAAGGGGAAGAGAAGUAUUUCAGUUUUUGCAAGCUCUCGUCACAAAUGACAUCAGACGUUUAGCAGAUGGUCGAGCGCAGUAUGCUUUGCUGCUCAAUAGUCGUGGCCGUAUCGUGGAAGAUUUAAUUUUAUAUCGGCAAGCAGAUGAAAUUUUGAUUGAAAGUGAUCGAAACAAUCAAUCGAAUUUACGGAAAUUGUUGGAAAUGUUUAAAGUUCACAAAGAUGUAACAAUUGAAGAAGAAACAAAGAGCUAUGUUUAUCAUGCUGAUAAUAUGACAAAUGAUAUCCCCGGUAUCGAAGAUCCGCGAGUACCAUCCUUUGGUAAACGUAUUCUUAGUGAAAUUUUACCAGAUGAUCAUUCAGCAGACGAGAAUGCAUACCGAGAAAGACGUUUUGAUUUUGGUAUACCAGAAGGACCGAGUGAAUUAGCUGGCGAGCUUCCAUUGUUCAUGAAUGCCGAUAUCAUGAAUGGUAUAAGUGCUAACAAAGGAUGUUAUUUAGGGCAGGAAUUGACAGCCCUUGCGUUAAACGCACCGGAAAUACGGAAACGGCUUUUGCCCUUCACAUGUAUGGUUACUGGCUCACUGAUUAACGUUGGACGGCGUACGGGAAAGGUGAUCGCAUGCACUGGAAGGAAAGGUUUAGCUUUGGUACCUAUUUCACGGAAUACUCCACCAACACAUUUUCAAUCGAAGGAUGAGGAUAUCGAAAUCUUUCUGCCUUCUUGGUGGCCAGCUGACCCUGCCAGUGUUUCAUCUCAGUCAUUAUAA